UUGGUGGGGGGAGAGCAGUAAAGGCUAGGGGUUGGGGGAGAGUGGGCAUUUUAGGCCUCAGGACCAAACGUCCAGGAAAUCCUGGAUGUGGUUGCUGGGCCCACCCCCAGGGACUGUGGGCUGUGGCUUGGGCUGUGCCCCAGAACCUGCAAAUUCAACUCUCCUCUCCAGCUCUGACGGGAGGGUCUGCCUGGCAGAGGCAGGGAGCUUUCCUGCUACCAAGAUGUCAUUGGGACGGACAGUGACCUCUGGGCCGGAGCCACACAGCCCCGAGGAGCCUGCAAAGCUGCAGACCCCACCGGUGCGGGGUACUUGGCGGGCAAGCAGUGAGGGUGCGGCCAGCACCCACCGUGAGGACGCUCGGCCAGGCCUGGGUACCCUUCGGUGGGCCUUCUCCCGGACAAGGCAGCGGCCCUCAGGCCAGGCCCCCGAGGAGGACCUGGGCCUGUUCCAGCGCGGGUCCCACUUCCUGUUCCGGUCCUUACGGCGGGCCAAGGGUAACGGCUCCACUGCUGACCAGUCCCAGGCCACUGCUGUGCCAGGGGUGACCCAUGGCCCAGAAGUGCCCUCUAGGGUCAUGGAUGGUCACAGCCGACGGUCCUCCGCUGGGGUGGGGCGUGAGGAACUGGAACCCGAGGCAGGCAAAUCUGUGGCCGACCUCAUCACAGAGCGGCACCUGCUGGCGGCCUUCCAACAGCUGCGGCAGCUGGAGGUGCGGCUGGUGGCCGAGAAAGCCUCGCACACCUUCGAGAAGGACCCCACCGGCUUCGCGCGGCGCGCCAUGGACCUGUGUCUGCACUAUGACGGGCUGGCGGCCGAGAUCGGCGCCAUCGUGCGCGAGACGCUGGGCCCCGACGGCGUGGACUCGGCCGCGCUCGGCGAGCUGGGCCGCGUGGUGCGCGCAGAGGAGGAGCACCCCGCGCCCCCCGCCGAUGGCGACUUCCUGCUCACCCCGCGCCGCUGGCGCCAGCACUGGGAGGACGCGGUGAGGCGGAGCGCGCAGGAGCGCGUGCAGCAGGCGGGCGCUGGGGAGGCUCCGGGGGCAGCCGAGGGCGCGUCGGGCCUGGCCCGGCUUCUGGCCGAGCUCGGCGGCUUGGUGCGCAGCGACCUGCACAAGGUGCGGCAGGGGGGGCAGCCGGCUUACUCGGCCGCCGGCUUCCCGGCGUGGGAGGCCUACCUGCGCGCCUUCCACGGCGCGGUGGCCCAGCGCCUCCAGGAGCUCGCGCAGGACGCCCGGGGCUGCGAGCAGCUCUAUGUCCUGCUGGACUGGGCGGCCAAUGUCUACGGCAGUCCUGACUUCCUGGGAGCCCCCGACCUGACUCUGUCCACAGAGCCACUACCCCCACUCCUGGCACCUGCCUUGUGGGCCCGCCUGCAGAAUGACUACACCAGCUUCCUAGAGACCAAGAUCACAAGCUGCUUCGAUAGCAUCCUGCAGCUAGAGCAGAGUCGUUGGGCGGACGCUGAGCCCCCCGAUGUGCUACAGGGCCUCUACCACACGCCGCUGUCCAUCGAUGUCCACAUGCUCGUCACUGAGCACGUGAAGGCGGCCGGUGCCAUCUCCGCGGAACUGGAGGCCACCACCCUGCGCAUCUGCACGCGGGCACUGGGACUCUUCUUGCCCAGGUUUGAAAAGGCUUUUCUAGAGUCGAUGGCGGUGAACGAACCUCAUCUGGGCGCCAAUAUCAACGCCUGUGAGGAGCUCAGGACCAGUCUUCUGGCCAGGUUCCCAGGAACCUUUGAGGAGCUGGAGAAACCUCUAGUGGCUGCCACCUGUACCUUCCAGAAGCGGCUGCUCCAGGGCCUGCAGUGUGAUGUGCAACCGCUUUUCAGGGUCCUGUGCACCAAGGCCUGGCUGACACAGGACGUGCUGCAGCCUCUCAUGGACAAGGUGGUGGCCUUCGCCCGCCAUCUGGAGCAUGUGGCCCCGCUGCGGGCGCAGGAGACCCUGCAGGAGGUGCACCGGUACGUAGUCCGUGAAUACCUGGCCCAGGUGUUGAGGCCGCGUGAGCGGUUCCGCGGCGACGAGCGCAUGACCGGCUCCCAGAAGAUGGGCGUCGAUGCCCAGGCCAUUGGUGACACUUUCCAGGGCUUGGGCUCUGAGGCCACGUGGCUGGACCAGGCUAUCCCAUGUGUGGCUGACAUACUGGGCGAGACUUACAAGGAGGACAUCCGGAGGCACCUGGAGACACUCAUCGGGAGCUACCCUGACAUCAGGCGGGACCAUGUGCGGGCCAUCCUGGCGCUGCGCAGGCUGGGCCGCCGGCGGAACCAGCGACUCCUGCAGCACACGCGGGACCUGCUGCGGGCCGCGGCCAAGGCAGCGGGCUCUGGGGCUGCUGGGGGCCACGUGCUCUUCGAAGAGAUCGAGGUGCCUACCUCCGUGGAUGUGCUGCUGACCUGCAUCUAAUGCUCCUGGGUCUGGGGGUGCGGUGGGCCUCAGGUGGGGGCUGCACUAGCUGGAGGGCCAGCGCCGUCACCUGGGCACGAAGCCCCAAGCUGGGAGCCCAGGGAGGCACGCUCAGCCCUGCCCCAACCUGAAGCCCGUAAGGGCUCUCCGUGCUCAGCCAGGCCGGCUACUCACCCGUAGGAGAGAAGAGGCAUUUCAGGCAUUUGUGGGGGAGUGUUCGGGGCGGCAGAGGUUCCUCUCAGUACUGCCCACCAGGGAAGGCCUCCCUGCCUAACUGUCCGGCACCACCCCCAGUCUGAAUGUGAAGAACCGAGUAUUUAUUUUUAAAAUAAAGGUGAAUUAAAUGGUGCCUCCCUAAAGAAGGG